AUGGCGGCGACUGCAAACCCUGCUGUAAGUAAGAACGGUUCAACAAGCAACGCAAAUGGCGCUGCCACCACCAUUAAUAACGUUAGCAACGGUGGCCGUGCAGCCGUGCGGGAGAAUUCCGCGGUGUUUUCUUCUGAGCGUGGGUUGCUGCACAACAUUGUAAUCUCAACGGACUGGACUCGUAAGGAACAGUCCUUGUUGGAAGAACUGCUCGUCAGAUAUGCCUCAGAUCGUAAAGAAUUGCGUUAUGGAAAAAUUUCAAAGGAAUUGCAAGACAAAACAUUCCGGGAUGUGGCCUAUCGUUGCCAAUGGAUGACUAAAAAGGAAAUUGGCAAGAGAAGGAAAGCCGAGGAGAGUUCAUCAAGGAAGCGGAAUACUAAAAGGGAAAAAUUUACAGAACAACAAGUGAAGCCAUCUUCUCAUGCUACAAAUCAUGCCAAUGGUCUUCCAUCAUCAUCCUCCUCCAUAAACAAUGAUGAUGGCAUCAAUUACAAAGUUAUUGGUGGUGAGAUAGGGAUGCUUCUUGAACAAAAUGACAAGGCUUUGGAUCAAAUUUCUGCAAAUUUAUCUGCUUUGAAGUUACAUGAGAACAUCAAUCUUCUUUGCCAAACAAGAAACAACCUCGACAAACUCUUGACUGAGUUAAAGUACAUGCCAGAGGUAAUGAAUCAGAUGCCACCACUAAAUGUGAAGCUUAACGAGGAACUUGUCGACUCUAUACUUUGCGGAUGCAAUCUUGAAUUUUUUGACCCGCGCAGGUUUUUGUGA